AUGGACGAGAGCGUUUGCGUGGACUCGGACGAUGACUCGGUGCAGCUCAGCUUCCCCAUGCCGCCGCCGCCGGUGCCAAAGCCGCGAGUCAUGCACCUCCGACCGCUGACGCAUGCGGCCGCCUUCUCCAUGCCGCUCAAAGCGGGCUGGAAAGGAUAUUUGGGGAGACACCCCGCCUGCGACUUCUGCGUGCCGGAGGGCUUCGUGUCGCUACACCACGCGGAGUUCCGCGCGAUUGGCGAUGAGCCCACCGUGGAGCUGCAGGUGCGCGGGCAGGGCAUGAUCGUCCACAGCCAAUGGCGCUGUUUGGGGGACGUCGUGGCUCUGGAAGACGGGGACCGCAUCGCCGUGUGCUGCCACAACAAGUCCGGGCUGCGGGACCGCGCGCCGCUGCUGGCGUGGGAAGUUCGCUUCUCGAGGGGCUACCUGGAGCCCACCCCUGCAGAGCCGCGACUCAUUCCCUUGCACCGGCCAGUGGCCCCUCUGCCAUUGGACGGGGCCAUCGCCCUGACUGCUGGCCCGAGCUUCGGCGCACAGCCAGCGCCUCUGGCGGAGCAACGGAAAUCUGCGGCGGCCACGGUGCAGUGGCAGACAGAUCAGCUGAUCUUCCAGCCCCAGUCUGCGGUGUGCUACCUCAACGAGCGCGAAGCCUCUGGCGACUGGGCGCUGCGCCACGGGGACGUGAUCACCAUCUGCGAGGGGAAGAUUGGGCCUAGGAGCGGCUUUUGGGUGGUGGACCUCGGAGAGGCCCCCGCCGAGCUUCGGCCUUUGGCUACGCCGGCCCGGGCACGAGCGCAUGCGGGCCCAGACUCGCUGACCAUGACGGUGCCCGAGACCCUCAUGGCAGCUUCGGUGCUCAACCGGACCCUCGAGGAGGUGGCAACGCCCGUAUCCGAGGACCCUUCGCAGACUUUGGAGCCGCCGGGGAUUUGGUUGCAAGAAGACGCCUCACCCUGGAGCACGGCCUCGGCUCGCCAGGAGUGCCACGCGGCUCAAUCGCCGGAAGCCUCCGGCCUGGAGGAGUCACUGGGGGACCGCCCGGACCUGAUGGUCGAGGCAACUCCGAGGCCUGACAUUGAGGAGACGCAGAGUGCAACCUCCAGUCGCUGGCGGUCUGCCGCAAAGCGCCAGAGGCUGGAGGCACCAUCGAUGCCCCUCGAGUUCAGCCCCGAGAUCAGCUUUGAGGCCGUAGAGAUCUGA